AGGUAUAAUAAGCCUAAAUAAGCAAUGGUGUGAAGUUAGAAACGUUUACGUUGUUAAAUUCAGCAUCAAUCAUGAGCCAAUCAGCGUCGCGGCUGCGAGUCACGUGACGCUCGGCAUGCUUUUGUUGUUAUUCAACUUGUUGCGUCCCGCGCUUGACAGCUCGCGGGUUCGCCUCGCGUGUUUUUCGCAACGAUAAACGUUCCAAGUUCGGUGAAACAGUGAAUUACGAGUGAAGCAAAGACACGGGGCGCGACGAGGGAGGCUGAGGGGGGAUUCAGUCAAGCCUGAAUAAGUGCCAAGUGCUGCGGUUCGCCCGGCGUGUCGUUCGUAACCUCGAAAUCUGGACCCGUAAACACGGUCGGAACGGUCUUGAGGCGUGAGUGAAUGCUGCUCGACAAUGUCCAGGUUUCUUUCCGCUGAAAUUGCGGCGACCUGCGCUGCGCUCGGUUUUUACGAUGGGAAGAAAUAUCAUUUGGAGAGGGACUGCGUCGAGACGCUGAAGGAUCUUAUAAGGUACUUGAGACGAGACGACGAGAAUCACACCAUCAGGUCUUACCUCGGGCGCAUGGAAAUCGUGCAGACCGAUCUCAUCAAAAUACUUGUCGAGCAUUCUAACAAGGAAGAUGUGUUCGAAGUUAAUCUGCGUUUGUUAGCCAACUUGACCAGUCCUGCGCUUCUGCUCUACAACGAGGAGGUGCCGACUGACUCGGUCAAGCGCCAAUGUUACCUACAGCUCACGGCCCACCUUCAGGGAUACAAGUUUAUGCUAGGCGACGAACGGUUUUGGUCGGUGCUCUGUGAGAAGCUCGGAAUGAUAUUGAAUAUUCCCAACAACGAGCGAUCCGAAGACAGAGGCCUCGUCAUUGAGAGGAUUUUAAUUCUGGCUAGAAAUGUUUUGCAAAUUCCAGCUGAUAUCGAAAACGAGAAAAGAGUCGAUGGCGAGGGAACUGUGCAUGAUCAGGUUCUCUUUGCACUUCACACAUCUGGUAUGGUUGACAUGUUCCUAUUCAUUGCCAGCAACCAAGACGAGCAACAGUACCAGAUGCAUAUUCUCGAGAUCGUGUCUCUGAUGCUGCGGGAGCAGAGCGCCAGCAAACUUGCUUCGGCAGGAUUGCAUCGAAGCACAGCUGAAAAAGAACGCGGCGAAGCCGAACUCCUCGCAGGUCGUCAAAGAGAGAAUCGUGAGAAGAUGGAGAAGACGCGGAAGUAUCUUGGAUCCAGACACUCGCGUUUCGGGGGUACCUUUGUCGUUAGAAACAUGAAAGCGAUCGGUGAUAAUGACUUGAUUUGCCACAAGCCUUACGAACCGGAAGCAUUGAAACUCGGUCUAGAGAAGACAAAGGUAAAACGACCGAAGAAUAAAUUGCUGAUGAGAGGCGACAAUCCGGAACGACUGUCCGCCCUCAGCGUGAGGCUUUUCUUGAAGGAGUUUUGUGUAGAGUUUUUAAACGGAGCUUACAACCCGGUUAUGAGAUACGCGAGGUCCUGCAUAACCGGUGGAAAUCGCGCCCAAGCUAACGACGAAAGUUAUUAUUUAUGGGCGUUGCGGUACUUCAUGGAAUUCAAUCGCCAUUACAAGUUCGAGGUGAAAUACGUCAGCGAAACUAUAUCCACCGAGGUCUUUCAUCUCGUUCAGAGACAAUUGGAGCACUACUACGAGAUGAUGGUUACCGACAAAAAGAAAAUUCCGUUGUGGUCGCGGCGGCUUUACCUUGCCCUCAAGGCUUACGAGGAACUGCUCAACACCUUGGCGGCGAUGGACAAAUGCGCCGAGGAGGCUGUUCGAAAAUCGAGCAAGGUCAUUAAGAGCAACGUCUUUUACGUUCCCGAGUAUCGGGAGACGCUUUUGAACCAGUUGCUGUGCUACAACGAAGUCACGAUGUCAAGAAAUUAUCUCAGCGAUCUCGUCCAGACCGUACACGUGUUUCUGAAAAUGCUCGAGGCGUUCUGCAAACAGGGGCAAAGCAUCGUCGUUCAAAGGAUCAAGGCUAGGCAGAGACGCAGGGCUUCAAAAAAAUCUAAGGGCAAUAAGGAAAAACCGCCGACGGCAAAAAGUCUGGAUCAACGGUGGGACGAGGCAACUCCCGAAUUGGCUGCCGUUAUGAAAAGUUCAACCCUACCUGAGAUCGCGCCGUUUGAUGCGACUCUAGAUACGCCGAUCGACGAUCAGAAAGCCGACGCUAUGAAACGAGUGCAAAAAUUUCUUCGUGUCAAUAAAUUUGACGAGGCGAUUGGCCUACUACGAGCGGCAAGGGAGGUUUGGCCGGAAAACGACAGCUUUGGACACGCAGGGAUGACGGAGGAAGAGGAAUUCAUCGCUCUUCGAGAAAUCUAUUUCGCUGACUUGGGCCUUGCUGCUGAGGAGGAAGUGAUGCUUGGGGGACGUUCCGCGCAAGGAAACAGCCGUGAGAAUUCGGAGAACGAAGACAGUCCCGACGACGAGGAAGAUGAAGAUGCCGAACAACCCCACGUCGAGGAGACAAACUUCAGUUUCACCGACUUCCUCUAUCGGUUCGUGAACGUGAAGGUCGUAAAAUCCUGUUCCAUACUCCUGAAACAGUUUAAGGAAAAUACGGCUGAUGUUAAUCACUGCACGGUUAAACUUCUUCACCGCAUUGCUGUACAGUGUAAAACGCCGGCGAUGUUAUUCCAGGCAUCGAUAUUCCGAACAUUUCAAGAGAUUUUGGCGUCUAAGAAUCCAGAACACACGGAAUUGGCAAAGUUCGCUACCUUCAUUGUGAGAAAGUUCGCCGAAGUGGCGGAAAAAAAUCCCAAGGCCUACAUGGAGCUAUUGUUUUGGAAAACGACCCGGGAAGCGACCGAAAUGGUCGAAGGCUACGGGGUCGAGGUCGAAAACAAGAAAGUCUCGCGUGGGGUAUGGACGGAUACCGAGGAAGAUGAGCUUCGUACCCUGUUCAUGGAACAUCAGACAAAGAAAUAUAGCGAAGACCUGGUGGAUUGGCUGUUGAAGAACAUAAUCAACGACAACCGCACGAGACGAGGAGUCAUCAAGAAGUUGAAGGAGAUGAGUCUGAUAGUAAAUUCAAAGGCGGUGCGAAACGAAGUGCAGAAGAGAUUGCCAAAGGAAUGGGGCGAGGAGGAGAAAGCUCAGCUUGCGGAGAUCUGGGAAGUGGUGAAGGACGACAACGAUCCGAUCGAUAUGAUAUACACAGAGCUGAGGGUGAAACGACCAAAGUCAAAGAUCAAAGAUAAGCUACUCGAGUUGGGACUGGCCAAGGAUCGCAAGGAGCUACGGAAGAAACGCAUCCUGAAAAACGUCUCCGGUAAAUCCAGUGGCGGAACAAGGUCUGGAAGCGAUUCGGAAAGCGACCGUGACGAUGACGACGACUCCGCUGAAUCCUUGACGAACGGUGUUAUUCUGACAGCCCGGUCGAAACCCAAAAAGCGCGUGGUAAUUCCGAAAUCGAAGAAGCAGCCUAACAUCGUUUACACCAACGCACAGCUAACUGGCCUCCUCAAAGACGUGAUUGCGAAGAACGAGACGCAGGAUGCCUUGGAGUGGCUGAAAGAGUCGCUUGAGGACGUUCUCGAGGAUCGCGACGAAGAAUCGAACGAAGGCGUCCCGUUGGUACCGGUAACCGACUUUGCAAACGCGGCCAUGGACUCUCCGAGUUUUCAACGGCUUCUACGCGCCCUGGGAAUCGAGCCACCCGCCGACGAACAAGAAACUUACUGGCGCAUUCCGUCCAACAUGCUAAGUUCCACCAUCCGAAAGCGAAUCGAGCUCAUUGCUGACGCUCUGGAUGGUAAACUCGUCGACGAAGAGACACCCGAACCCGUCGCUCUGGAGCCGGUCAAUGAAGAGGACGACAGCGCUGACGAAGGUGGUGACGUCUUUGAGAGCGUAAAAAAAUUUUUUGCCCCAAAGUCCAACAGUUACGAAGUACAAGAUUCGCCUCCGAAUAGCAGUGGGAAUGACUUAGGCAAAAUAGCAAGGAAAGGGACCGUCUCGGGACCAGAGGAACACGAAACUCAGGAAGUGGUUAGUCUCGACAGCAACAGCGUAGCUACGGUCGAUGAUGGGUGGAACAGAACAAACAACAGUCGUAUCAAAGCUUCGAUUCUGGAUUCAGAUUCGGAAGUUGAAGUAAGCGAGGAACGGGAAGAAACAAUCAUUUCGGACGAAGCCAAGCGAGUUAGAUCCGAUAAUUCGGAUACGGAGUCACCUGCGGUAAAAAAACGUCGUUUGGUGGACAGCGACGACGAGAUGGACGAAGGUACGGCUCAGGAGCCAAAGCCGCAGCGGCAAAUCAUGAUUAGUGAUGAUGAGGACUAGUUCGGUUUCAAAAUGUUAAUUCAAAAACGCUAUCGGUCGUUAAAUAAAAUUCAUUUCUUCAGA